GUCACCUAACAUCACCACGAAACAACGGCGCAAACCAAUCCGUCCCCCAUCUGCUUCGAUAUUGGUCUUACAGCAAACGCUAUUGCGGCUCUAAAAUCCAAUGCUCUGAACCUUCCCAUAACCCUGCACCAUCUGGUCGCCGUUUCCUAACGCCAAACACAAUGUCGAGUCCUGAAGUUGGUCCACGUGGCGAAACAGCCGCAAGUGCAGAACCAGCAGACAACGACACACCCAUCGCAUCCCCUGCUAUAGAGACAGCCCCGAUCCAGCAUCAUGAAUCUGCCUCUGAAUCUAGUGAGGCAGGCGUACAGAUGACACCGGCAGAGGCCCGCCGCUUCGCCCGUCGCAACCUCCGCCGUGCCUCCGCGACGCCCGACCUCGUCACCAGCCUAGUUCGUCCACCUUCCCCAGAGGCUUUUUACGUUACACCCGAAGUUCACGAUAGAAUGCGACUGGGAGCCUACCGACGAUUGCGGCGCGACAACUCAACAUUUCAAACCAGCAACUCUAGUGGCGAGCAACGGUCUGGCCCACUGCUCCCACCGCACCCUUGCUCUCUCGAUAUACCGAGCAAAUAUGGUGGCCAGGCUGUGUUUGACUUCUACUCCCUUACUUAUAUCAAGGAGCCUGAUACAAACCUGUUCUGCCCUAUAUGUCACGAUCCUCUUGUCGACCCCAUCACCACGCCCUGCGACCAUACAUUCUGCUAUCGAUGCAUCCGACGAAGCAUGUCCUCCAGCCCUUCUGGUGCGGCGUGCCCGAUCGAUCGAGAACCUCUGAUAUGGACCGACUGCUUCACUGCAGCAAGGUUGAUCCGAACACAGCUUAAUAGCCUCAUGGUCAAAUGCCCAUUCGAUGCGAGAGGAUGCACGGCAGAACUGAGACGAGAACUCGCCGAGAAGCAUGUCACUGAUGAAUGUCGCUACAGAGAAUACUAUUGCCCGGACAAGGACUGCACAAAGAAGCUAUCCUCUAAGCCUACAGACGAAGUCUGCCGCCAUCACGAAAUUGAAUGUGCCAAGUGCAACACCAAGAUUGAGGCAUCUGAGAGUGAACGACACUUGCUUGUUUGCCCACAAAGCAAGACGAGGUGCCAGGGCUGUUGGGAACUAGUUGUUCGUUCACAACUAACAACUCAUCAAGAAGUUGAGUGCAGCGGCGUGGAAAUUGGUUGUCCGUACCAGGACUUGGGUUGCCCUGUUCGAGUCUUGCGCGGGCAAGUCAGGAUGCAUACGCUAUACUGCGCCUUUCAUCCAGAAACUCCCUCCGGAAUUGUCAUUCGAACACAGAAAGAUCUUAUCCAAUCAUACAAUGACCUGGGCUCACAGAUUAGAGAACUGGCAACUCGGCAAAUUGAAAACAACAAGAGCAUCGAAGAGCUCCGCAGUCUUUUAACGAACCAGACUCUGGGCGAAUCGUCAUCUGGUGACAGCCGGACUAUUCAUGAUUUCGAUAGUGGAUUCGAAGAAGUGCAUAAGAACUUGACACACUUGGAAGCACGCCAGAGCAUGUGGACAAUGAAUCAGAUUAUGCCCAUCCGAGAAGAGGUGACAGAGCUACGAAACAAUAUCAACAUGGUGCGGAUGCACGUGAACUGGCUUUUGUCCAGAAGCAGAGAGGAAGGCCGCAUGAGAGCGGCCAAUACAACUGGGGCUGUACCGGCGGCAGCAGCCAUCCGCAGAGAUAGCGGUGGAGAUGUACCUAUGAUGUUGCCCGAGCGCCGCAGGUCGUCUAGUGCUGAUAUUGACAUCCCCAGAUUAUAGAGGGACAGCCUCGCGGCGUGAUGUAGGGCUUUUGUCCGCUGUACCAAUAGUAUUCAUGAUAAUAACGACUAUGAUAAUU